CAGGACACUGCUGACUGCACUGGAUGUCCCGGAGAUAAUCAGCAGGCAGCGCACGGCAGCGCCGCGCCAAUGGCCUGCUCAGGUGAAUGAGCGAGGCCCCGCCCCCUUCAGCUGAAGCUGCUGAGUGUCUGGAGGAGGCAGGUAGAUCCACAUGCACCUCCACAGCUUCUGCUCACCGCUGCCCAGGAGUCUACGGUAACGUCAGAGCCAACAUGGGGCGAAAGGAGCUAAGCUGCAACUGGAAGAAAAGCACCAACAACAUCAAAGAUGUGUUCGACUUCAAGGGGAAGAUGGGAUCUGGCUCCUUCUCAGAGGUUUUUAUGGUUCGGGAAAAGACGACAGGGAAUCUCUAUGCACUUAAAUGUCUGAAGAAGAAGCACCUGGCUCAGAGCAACUUAGAGAAUGAGAUCAACGUCCUGAGGAGGAUAAAGCAUGACAACGUGGUGGGACUGGAGGAUUUCUAUGAGAGUCGAACACACUACUACCUGGUCAUGCAGCUGGUGUCCGGUGGUGAGCUGUUUGACCGGAUCCUGGACCGAGGAGUUUACACAGAGAAAGACGCCAGCACAGUGAUCAGACAGGUGCUGCAGGCCGUCAGCUACCUGCACGAAAACAGCAUCGUACACCGGGAUCUCAAGCCUGAAAACCUGCUGUACUACAACACAGACGAGAACGCGAAGAUCAUGGUCAGUGACUUUGGCCUGUCAAAGAUGUCGGAGCACGGCGUGAUGUCCACCGCCUGCGGGACACCAGGUUACGUGGCCCCUGAAGUUCUGGCCCAGAAACCCUAUAGCAAAGCAGUGGACUGCUGGUCCAUAGGAGUCAUCACUUACAUCCUGCUGUGUGGAUACCCUCCGUUCUUCGAGGAUAACGAGACUCGUCUAUUUUCGAAGAUCAUGAGGGCUGAAUACGCUUUCCACACGCCCUUCUGGGACGACAUCUCCGAGUCAGCCAAAGACUUCAUCAGGAACAUGAUGGAGAAAAACCCCACGAAGCGCUUCACCACCGAACAGGCGCUCAAGCACCCCUGGAUCAUUGGAGACACAGCCAGAGAGCAGGACAUCUACCAGUCUGUGUGUGAGCAGAUCCAGAGGAACUUUGCCAAAUCCAAGUGGAGGCAAGCCUUCAACGCAGCCUCAGCCAUCAACCACAUGAAGAAGCUGCAGCUGGCCCACGGGGAGACACCCGCCUCUGCCCUCUCCAUCCCCAGCAUCGUGGUGGACUCCGCCCCCCUUGGUGCGGGACCCUGCUGUGACGAGGCCGAGGUUCUUGACCGCAAUGGGAACCCCCCCGCCACCGCUAAUCACCUGAUGCCGCCGCCCUGCAGCCCUGAGCUGAGCAGGGGUGUUUGUCCCGCCCUGAGGACCAGUUACAGCGAGCCGGGCCACAGCUCCGCCCCCGGCGAGCCGGUCGCCCACACAUACCGCUCCGACAGCGACUCCCCCUUCAGGCCGUGCAGGGGAGUCCGAACUGUGGACAAACUGAAGGACAGGAAGGACCAGCCGCUUCAGACCGGGGUGUGUUCUGUCAUGUGAGCCGCCGGCCCAGUGGAGGAGCAGUUCAUACAGUUUUUUGUCCUGAGCUCGUGGCGCUUGGCGGCGUCCCGCUCGGGUUGAAGGCGUCCGCUGCCGUCGGCUCGGCGCUGAUCCAGACGUCGCUGCACAGUUUCUGCUCUCUGACAGGAGCACGGCGAGGACUGGGGUGUUUGUCCGCCCUGUCACGCAGUGGACGUCACAUUAAAACACACACACACACACACACACACACACACACACACGUGUACACACAAUUACAUUUAGAUUUGAAAAUGAAUUCCUUCUGAUGUUACAUUAAAUGAAGAGCAUUUAUUUUCUCAAAAUUAUUUAUUCUAUCUAUUUUAUUCUCCAAUGUUAUGAAUACUGAAUGAAUGAAUAAUGAAUACACUAAUACACUUUAUGUUUUCGCUGGCAUUGAAAUUGUGUUUAACUGAGAGCACAGUGGAUCUCCGUCUGCUACCUCUGAUCAGUAGAGUGGCCGACUAAUGUAUUAUUUAUGCUAUAUAUGUAUUUAUUUUUUGUAUUUUCCUUUGUAUUUGUACUCUGUAGUGUUUGGUCCGCUCUGAAACCUGCCGGCAGGUCCUUUGCCGGGUUUCUCUGUUUGUUCCUGAACACGGUCCCACGUCAAAACUCACAUUUUUAAGUGGAGGAGUGGUUUUCUUCCUGAAAGAGAUUACAGUUGCUCUUUGACCUCAGGCAGUCGCCAGAACACACACAGCACAGGAUGUUGGUUUUGUGUAAAAGCAUGUAAAUGAGUCAGUAUUUACAUGAACUCACACGGCUCCACAUGGCCGCUUGAAGGAUAAGGGUUAACACUGAUUGACACGUGCCACUUUAACGCCAUAAACUGGUGUAAAUAUGCUGUAAAAAGUUCUAUACACGAAUGUAGUGACAUGCACAGAGCUUCUUGUGUUAUUUUCUCAAUAAAUAUUAGAGUCAUUACUCUUA